CGGUGGCUGCGCUGCAAUCGUAAUUUUUCGUGGAAAAUGUGCGUCUGUAAACAUCUUUGUUGAUAAUCGUUUAAUUAUUUAAUAAUUUGAUUGAAUUAUUACAUUCUUAUAAGUUAAUAGUUUCUACUGAAAAUGGUUAAACUCACUACUGAACUCAUUCAACAAUCUUAUCAGUUCGUGAAUCCAGUUCGAGAUCGAGAACUAGAUUUGAGAGGAUUCAAAAUACCGGUUAUCGAAAACUUGGGUGCAACUUUGGACCAGUUUGAUACAAUCGAUCUAUCCGAUAAUGAUAUUCGUAAACUGGAUGGCUUUCCUGUACUGAAGCGCUUAAAAACAAUUCUCCUGAAUAACAACAGGAUUGUGAGGAUAGCAGAAGGUUUGGAAACCAAGAUUGCCAACCUUGAAACGUUGGUGUUGACCGGCAACAGUAUAGCAGAGUUGGCAGACCUGGACCCCCUGGCUACCCUUCCUAACCUCAAAUCGCUCAGUCUUCUCCAUUGUCCAGUCAGCGGUAAAUCUCACUACAGACUGUAUGUCGCCUUCAAAAUGCCACAACUGAAAGUGCUCGAUUUCCGCAAAAUUAGAGACAAGGAACGGAAUGAGGCGAAAGCGUUGUUCAAAAGUAAACAGGGCAAAGAAUUGCAGAGAGAAAUUUCGAAAAAAUCGAAAACUUUUGUGCCUGGUGCAAAAUUACCUGAUGCCAUUGUACAGAAACCAGUUGGACCAUCUCCUGAGGAACUAUGGAAGAUCAGGGACGCCAUCUCAAAGGCCUCAUCUCUCGAAGAAGUGGAGCGACUCAGUCGGUUGCUGCAGGCUGGCCAAAUUCCCGGAGCGAAUAGACCGAAAAAAGCACUGAACGGUAACCACCAAGAAGAGGAAGAGGAAGAAGAAGAAGAGGAGGAGGAAGAUGUAGAGAGACAACAAGAACAGAUUGCGGAAGAAGUGGAAAUGAGAGAGGAGCAAGAAGUAGAAGAAGAACCCAUGGAAACAUAAAAAUGGAGAUAAAUUAACGUAUUUCUCUUGCCUUUUUCCCAUGGAGUUUAAUGAUAUUGAGCUAUGUGUACAUAUAGAGACAUUUUUCAGUGCAUCAGUCUAUGGUUUAGUAGAUUUCAAAUAAUUUGGCAGCAGUCAGGUUUAGUUAUAGCAUGAACGUCUAUUCUCUGCAAACUGCCAAAUUAAUAUGAGUCCUACUAAACAGGUUCUGUUAGGUUUACAGCCUCUUGAUAAGUGACGUAUUUAUUUGAAAAUUUCCAAGAUUUUUUAGGGGGUUUGGUAUGAUUUGAAGUAUUUCCUCAGGUAUUAGGCCAGUUUUUAUCAAGUUUAACGAGGUUCACUUGGAUAAUUUAUUUUUCGAAGUCAAACUAUCGUUAGGUACCUCUGUAGAUGAGGAGUUCUAUUUGAACUCAUCACAUUUUUAGAAAGCUCUUGAAUAGAAUAGAAUAGGAAAACGUUGAUUGAACCAAAACAAUCUACAUUGAGCAAACCUUCAGGUUUCGAAGAGUCAUUUCACUGCAAUAGUUACAUUUUCCCAAUUUUAAAAUCCUUGAGACCGAGUUAUUCUAUUCCCCUCAAUUCUAUAAAUUAAGAAAAAUUAGAUUUCAGAUUAAUAGGUUCAGCCCCGGUUGCAAAAAACCUGUUAAAUUUUAAUAGUAUUUAAAUAUUCUACUAGAACUAAUCAGAGAAGACUUGUUUUCAGAAAAGCCUACUCUUAUUAGUUUUCGUAGCAUUUAAUCAUGAUUAAAAUUUAACAGGAUUUUGUACAACCAGGCCUCAGUAUUUAAUCGAUUCAAAUUGAAGUUUCGUCUAGACUUGAAUAUUAAUUGCAAUAGACUGCUUUCCUAGUGAGCAAUCUACACUUUUCUCAUUCUAGCCUAGACCAUCUCUAAAGAUCCUAGAUUCUCUGUUAACUCUAAAUAUAAAAGUAUAGAUUUAAUCUUACUCCAUAGUAUCAGCUCUAGGAUAAUUGAUAGAGUAAUUGAUAAAUCAUUAGACAAUUGAUAAAUAUCUUUAAUUCAAUUUUAGUUUUGUUCCAGUACACUUUAGUGUCCCUAGAUUGAUCUAGAAACUAUACGUUUUUGAAGAGUUCUGAUUGAACUAGCUCUAGUAUAUUUUAGUGCAGCUAGAGUAUAAAUUUGACUACAAAUUAUCUUGAAGCAAUAAUUUUUUCAAAUUAAAUUUUAAACCCUUUUACAAAAGAUUUCAAAGGAUAUAAUAGCAUUAUUCAAAAUUAUGGGACUAUUUUCAUACUAGAUUGGAUGUGUUAUGAAUUUAAUUAGAUUCUGUUAGAUAAUAAUAUCGAGUACCUGGCUGGCUCAGGUCUGGUGUGAGUUUUCAGGUUCUGAUCAAUUUCAGGGCCUCUGACAUGACCGAACGACUGCUUUUCAGGCAGCCGCGGCCGACGAGUUAACGUGUCCAACUGAAACACAUUAAACUAGAUAAAAUCUCAGGGAUUGAGAAGAAUAUUCAUUGUUUUGAAAACUAAUACUAAUUUUAUAUUUCUAUCUUCUAUUGUCAUACUGUAUCUGUAUUCAUUGAUUCCAAAUUUUCAAAACUGUAUCAAAGUUAUUAAUACGAUAAGAACAUUACUACUUUCAAUAAUAAUUAUUCUUCAAAAUCAAAUGUUUGCUUAAUUUUAUUUAUAGGAUUUGGAUCUAAAGAUUCUUUCAAGUAUUUUUUAUUUUAUCAGUUGUUAAUAUGUAUAAAUCCUGACAACUGCACCUAAAUUCUUUUUUCCAGUAAAACUGUUUUGCAAAAGUAAACUUCUUUAAUACCAACUUGCAGACCUCUCUCUGUUAUGAGAGCCUGUUCAAGUUACUAUUUGAAUUUGUAUAGGUAUUAUUUCUGUAUUUUUUCUCUCUAAAUUCUAAAUUUAUUGUCAAAUUGUCAAUCAACAGUUGUUUUAUUUUCUUCAAUCAUACCAAUGUCUGUAAGUAGAAGUUUAUAUAUUUUUCAAAUUUUUCUUUUAUACAUAUUUAAUUGCCAUGAAAUAAAAAGGUUGAGAAGCGAA